GAAAAACAAACAUAAAACACACACAUGCAACCAUCUCCUUUAGUUUCUCUUCUCUCGACAACAACUUAUGUAUAUCUUUCUUCUUUCCUCUAUAUUCCUCUCAGCCUCUGAUCUCUCUGUCGCACUGCGCAACUAAUUUGUCUCUUCGUUCAUCGUUCUCCGAGUGACGCACUGCUGAAGGGCUGAGUCCGGUGAGAGAGAACAGCGAAGAGGAGUGAUCUUGGCAUAGCGAGGUGGCAAUGACUCGGCGGUGCUCUCAUUGUAGCAACAACGGGCACAACUCGCGGACGUGCCCAACGAGAGGAGGAGUCAAGUUGUUCGGUGUUCGACUGACAGAUGGGUCUAUAAAGAAGAGUGCCAGUAUGGGCAAUCUCUCCUCUUCUUACUUUUAUUCCUCCUCCUCUGCUGCUGCAUCACCCAACUCUGCUUCUCCUUCUUCUGAUCCUCUUCGAGAUCAAACGCCCGUUGCUGAAGGUUACGUCUCUGAUGAUCCUGCUCACGCCUCUUGUUCUUCCAAUUGUCGAGGCGAGAGGAAGAAGGGGGUCCCAUGGACUGAAGAAGAGCACCGGCUGUUCUUAAUGGGCCUGCAGAAGUUGGGGAAGGGAGACUGGCGUGGAAUUGCACGCAAUUUUGUAAUAUCAAGGACUCCAACUCAGGUAGCCAGCCAUGCCCAGAAGUACUUCAUUCGACAGAGUAAUGCAACCCGGAGAAAGAGGCGCUCAAGCCUAUUCGAUAUGGUCCCAGAUAUGUCUAUAGAUAGGGCACCUGCACCAGAAGAGCAGUUAGUGCACCAUUCUUCUCAGGCCAGGGAGAGCGAGAAUGUGAACUCAUUGCCUACGUUGCAUCUCUCACUUGACCAGGAAAGUGAACUUAUGGAAGCCAUUCCCGAUGAGACUGUCAAAGCUGAUGAAAGCGUAAAAGUUGAAAAUUUUGCAGCAAUGGUUCCAGGGCAUUUCACAACAUACCUACCCAUUCCAUUCCCGUUCUGGCCAUCAGGUCUGGCCCCUGCUGGAGAAGAGAUUAAUGUAGGGGAGACUUCCCAUCACCAUCAGGUUCUAAAGCCAACCCCAAUACUUUCCAAGGAUCCUUUCAAUGUAGAUGAAGUGGUGGGGUUAUCUACACUUAGUCUAGGAGAGGCUGCUGCUGGUCGAAUAGAACCCUCGCCACUCACCUUAAAAUUGAGAGGAGCUCCAUCCAGGCAGUCGGCCUUCCAUGCAAAUCCUCCUGUCAGUGGGUCAGAUUUGAGCAAGAGUAACAGUAGUAUAAUCCAUGCAGUUUAAUUUAAUUAAGAUCAUGGACAGAAAAGCUCUUUAUCUAGUUUUUCAUUUCUUUUUUAACUUGAUGAUAUUUUCUUGAUUAAUUUUCCCCAACACUUCUUUUUCUAUAUAAA